AUGGUCAAUCGCGGAGGUCGCAGUAAAGCGUAUCAAAGCAAACCGCACUGUCAGCGAUGUGAGAAAGCUUGGAUAGCUUGUGAAGGCUAUGUAACAUACGGCGAGUUUGUUGAUGAGACGACGCGCUUUGCGAAAGAUAAGUCGCCUGUGAAGGACAACCAGCUCCAGGUUCGACUGGCCAGCCCGUCUCCUAAGACCACUGAAAGGCAGGCCUGUUAUCCGCCGCCACUGUUACUGGAUCAAGACGCCGUAAUUCAUGCUCACCUAUUAUCGCGGAUCGAUGAAGUUACGCCCUUGAUGGCCAAUCUCGAAUCUAUCACAUUGUCAGAUUCUACGCGAAGUCUUGCAGUGCGAGCAUUAGCAGCAGUGUACUUUGGCAAAACUAACGGCGACAAGCGAAUCUUUGACCUCGGAAGCAGAGAAUACGUGAAAGCCUUGAACAGAGUGCAACACGACCUGGCAAGUUCGACUACUGUUCUAGAAUGGGACACACUUGCGAGUGUAAUCUGUUUGUGCAUGUUUGAGAACAUCGUCUUUACAGACAAGACGGGAUGGUUGAAGCACUAUGAGGGAAUAACCCAGUUGAUAUUGUGCGCACUGAUAAACAGAAAGCAUUGCUAUCUCACACUUCCAGAGUGGCAGACCGUCCCUUGGCCGUCGACUGCACCCAAGACAACUAGUGAUGCAUUGCACGAUAUCUUUGCCCGCGUUCCCGGCCAGUUGCAUGACAUGGAUCGGGUAGAAAGAGGUGAAGUUGACAACGAGUUCUUUGAAGAGCUUCGACAGAGAGUCGAGACUACAUUGUCCGAUCUAGAAGACUGGGAGCAGUUCUAUCAGCACCCUCGGCCUCUCACGGGCUCCCCUCUCACUUCAACACCAGACAGCACUUCGCAGCCGGUCAGACACAAAGCCCUUCUUGCAUUACAAAGAGCAAUAAUACUGUGCAUGACAGGCCUCUGCACCUUCUUCAACAUACCUCUAGUGGCCGAGAUACCAUCUAUUCUCGAGGAUCGCAAACUCAUCAGGAAGGCAAUCGCCACUGAGAUAUGUCAGCUAGCAGCAUCGUGUCUUGGACACGAGUCACACAGCACCGAGUCAUUAUUGUUCAUAUUCCCGCUGCAAAUAGCGAGUAUGAACUUCGAAAAUGGCAGUGCAGAGGAGAAGGGGGCUGAAGAGAUCAUGAACGGGGUCAUUGCUGGGACUUAUGGAUUUGAGAUUGGGAGACGACGAGAGUGGAAGACGUCCAGCAUAAUUCUGAUCAAAUAG